UCGUAGAAAAAUUAUCAUCAAAACCGCAUCAGAAUAAUCAUUUUCACCCACAAGUCUCGAAGAUGCUCUCGACCCUCUGCAGCUCCCUUCGCCAAACUCACUUCCACAUUGUUUAGAUGACUGCCAAGUCUGCUUUUUGCAGAAAGGCUACCGACUCGGAACGCCGAUUCACUUAAAAGCGCUCGUUUCUUCAAUGUAGUUCUUCACUCUCGUCAGCAUGAGCAAAGAGCAAUCCUCCAGUAACACAUCGCUCCCUCACAGCCCCCCAGAGACCGUCAUUUCCCGUUCCUUGUCCCGCCUCGCCGACGAGAAGCAGAUGAACCCAUGGGACGGGUACGAGAACGACGAGGUGCCUGAAAAGGUACAGCCGCGCUUGGUGCGCAACUUGCGCUUGCAGGCAUUUUCGAUCUAUCGUCGCCUAUUUUCCGUGGUCUUCAUCACGAACAUGGGAAUCUUCAUCUCGUAUGCCAUUCGGGGAUACGAUUCGCAGAAGAUCGCGCUAUUGGCAGUUUCGAAUCUCUUCAUUGCGAUCCUCAUGCGACAAGAACUAGUUAUUAAUACACUGUUCGCGGUCGCAUGUGCAGUACCUCAGUCCUGGCCAUUUUGGAUUCGUAAACUUGCCGCGCGGGUGUACCAUAACGGAGGAGUCCAUUCUGGAGCAGCGGUUUCCGGUACCAUCUGGCUCAUUCUUCUCGCCGUUCAAGCUACGAGAGAACUCGUAAACAACAAAGGAACUUCGGUCGCAACAGUCGUGCUCACGUACAUUAUUCUAGCAUUCUUGACGAGCAUCGUCAUGUUCGCCCACCCCACUCUCCGUGUGAAGCAUCAUGACGCGUUCGAAUGCGUUCAUCGAUUCAUGGGAUGGACUGCAACAGCACUGGUGUGGGCACAGGUCAUCUUACUCACGAACGAUUACAAAGGCGAGAAGUCCCUUGGCAACGCUCUCAUCCACUCGGCGCCCUUCUGGCUGAUGAUCGUUCUGAGUUGCUCACUAAUCCUUCCGUGGGUGAAACUGCAAAAGGUCCCCGUUCGUAGCGUCGUCCUCCCCGACCAUGCUGUGCAGUUGUUCGUUGACUAUGGCCCACACCCAGUUCCUGGGUCGUUCCAGCGCUUCUCUACGGAUCCAUUAAACGAAUGGCACAGUUUCGCCACGAUCGCGAUCCCUGGAAAGACCGGGUUCUCCAUUAUCAUCUCUCAGGCAGGCGACUGGUCGACGGAGAUGAUCACGAACCCGCCGAAAGAUAUUUGGGUACGAGGAAUGCCGACAUGUGGACUGUUACGGAUCGUACCUCUCUUCCGAAGGGUGUUGUUUGUCGCUACUGGGAGCGGGAUUGCACCGUUCACGCCUCACAUCAUGAGUGGGAAGGUCAACCAUAAGCUGUUCUGGAUGGCACCAAACACACGUGCCACGUUCAGCGAUCCAUUGGUUGAUAUGGUAUUAGAGAAUAGUCCUGGAGCGGUUGUUUAUGAUACUCGGAAGCAUGGGAAGCCGGAUAUCAUUAAGCUCACUCAUCGUCUAGUGGAGGAGUUCAAGCCGGAGUGUGUUUGCGUGAUAUCGAACCAGAAUUUGACGGAAAAGGUCAUUUAUGGUCUUAGGAGCCGGGGAAUGCUUGCGUUCGGGGCUAUAUUUGAUUCUUAGGCUAUGAUUUAUGACUUCUUUCGGGUAUCUGUAUGUAAUUAUCUAGUCUUAUGACUUGCAAGUCAGUCAAAUAAUGAUCUGGUAUCUUUUCAGCGGA